AUGGACACCAGUGGCAGCUCUGGCUCUGGUUCCUCUGGCUCUGGCACCUCUGAAUUCGAGCGAUGGAGGCGGAAGUUUGCUCUCAUGACAGGCCUCGGAGGCUCCCAGGAAGAGCGGCUGGCUGACCUCGAGGAGCAUCACCACCGGACGUGCGAGAAGUGGAAGAGGGAGCUCAUGAACUACAGUCCUGCGGUAGUGUUCAUGCUCAAGCACCUUAGGCUGUCUGGAUGCCCCGUGUCAUCAGAGAACAUUGUGUGCACCCCAUGCGACUACAACCGCGCAGGCGGAUUCGUCCCAGAGCUUGGUGUAAUCGCCCUCUGCCAAGGGAAGUUCUUCAGCAGAAAUCAUAUGGAGGACACCAUGGUGCACGAGCUCGUGCAUAUGUAUGACCACUGCAAGUUCAAGGUCGACUGGACGAACCUGCGGCACCAUGCAUGCAGCGAGAUCCGUGCGAACAGCCUGAGCGGCGAUUGUAAAUUCACGCGGGAGCUAAGGAGAGGCCAGCUCGCGUUCUCAAAGCAGCAUCAGGAGUGCGUCCGGCGGCGUGCUGUACUCUCCGUCAGUGCGAAUGCGGCAUGUCCAGACGUAGCGGCUGCCGAGCGCGCUGUCAACGAGGUCUGGGAUAGCUGCUUCAAUGACACUAGACCAUUCGACGAGAUAUACUAG